UUAUAGGAACCUGACACACACAAUGAUACAGUCACCAUCCAGACACAUCCCUUGUCUGUUACUGGAGAAUGUCCCAGAAUUCCCGGCACCGCUCACCUCUCCUGUCAGCAGCUCCAUCAUCUUCUUGGUGACUUCUAGAAUCUUCUCCAUGUUGUGUCUCUCAGGGUUUAGGGAGUCACAUGGAGGCACUGUGAUGGUCUGUGUUUUAUUAAAUAGAGAUUAGAGUGAUGUCAUGUGACUUCCCAGAAUCCUCCUCACCUCUCCGGUCAGCAGGUAGAUGAUCUCCAGGGUGAGGUUUAGUAUCUUCUCAGUCAUGUGACUCCGGUCCUCCUCCAUCCUCAUUGGUGCCAUCAUGUGAUCUAU